AUGUCACCCACGAUGCACGCUAAACCCCACGACGUUAUAACCACCCUCGCACCUCUCAAUCCAGAUAUCCAAUCCCACAUCUGGCGCCUCCUCACCUCCUCCCCCUCCUGCUCAUUCCUCUGCACCUCCCGCGCCGCGUACGCCCAGUCCACAGCCAACCUCUACCGCCAUGUCGUUCUAGACAAAUGGAACGCCAUGCGGUUCUUCAAAGGUCUCGGGUUGUCCGAGGACGAGGCGGCCCCGCUCAGUACGGCAGAGCAGGCGGGUUUGUUGUAUCGCUGUAGUAUGUCUGGAGCUGGAGGGGGGCGGGGUCCCGCCAUGGCGAUGUGUGUCCCCACGACACCGCACCGCUCACCGUUCGUACACAAGAUUAUGCUGCUGCGGCACUGCCAGAGCUUGCACCUCGUAGACGUUCAAGCAGCCGUCUGGACACUCCGCGCAUCUACAAAGUUUGACCGGCUCGACCUGUAUAGCUAUGGCCACCACCGCCUCUUUCCCAAUCUCACGUCCAUCCAUUUUGGCCAGUCGCUCAUUCAUUAUGCCAACCAAGAACCUUGUGGGGCGAUGGUGCUCCCGCCGAGGGUGGAUUGGAGCGAGUGCGCGAGGGGGAAGAAUGAGCAUCUUAUCCCGGGGACGCAUAUGAGCGCGUUGCAAGUUUUGAAUGGACUCGCAAAAGAGUUUAGCGGCAAGCUGUUGGUGAACUGUGAUUGUGAGGGGUGCACGGUGGCAAAGGAGAAACCAGACGGGCGAGAGUUGGAAUUCGACUUGCCAGAAGACGAGCCGCUGUCAUGCGCGGUUCUGGCAUUCAUGAUGGCGAUAUCACAAAAAUGCUCGACUGUCAAGCUACACAAUGUUGACCCGAUUGAUCUUUACCAGCUCAAUACCGUAGGGAGAAGGUAUCAGAAUAUCUGGGUGGUGGGUAUGGCAGCGGAAAAGGUGAUGCUGUAUCUCAAGCCUGAGGCUUGGAUGUGCAACACGCACGAGGAGAGUGUGUUUCAGUUUAUCAGGGAAGAGUUCAAGAUUGCUCGGGAUGAUCCUACUGUUCCAUUUGCAGAGCGCCAGUUUGCAGAGCGCAGGUUCCUGUCGACCACACCCGAGUCUAUCGAAAUCAUCAGCAACUCGUUACACAACAUGGACAGUCUCGCCAACAACAUCAUCCAAGAACUGCCUUAUGGGCACCUUAUCGUCGACUCUGGUAUAUUCUCUGCGAGGGUGCCAAACCCAUUCGAGAGGCAGCACCAAGAGAUAUGCGAUGAGUCCGGCUGA